UGAUCACAUCAUAUAAUAUGGUUGAAACACAGCCUAAGAAUAUUAAUAGUAUUAAGGUAUAGAAUCACCUUCAAACGUGCACCCAAAUCAGAUGCUUCCUUUGUUAUACGUGCUUCCAUGUUCAAAUUAGGACAUGAUGAAACCUUCCCCUUGCUUGAACUUAAAAUCAGAGGCAGACCACUGCACAAACAGCAAGCACUUGUCCCACAAUGGCCAGUAUUUCCAUGUUCAAAAGAAAAUCCAAACUCACCAAAAAACCAGCCCCAAAAGAAGUCUGCAACUAUGUCAUUGUUCUGUUCAAGUUUCUCUAUCGAAUCCCGGCUGCUUUUCUCUUUCUCUUUCUCUUUCUUAUCUACCUCUGGUCUUCCUCCACCACCAUUAUAUCCGGCAACAUUGUUCACAUUUGUGUGUCGUCGCGAAAGCUUAACGAUCAUUACUGCCUAUCUGCUGGUAGAACCCAACCCAAUUUUGAAAUCCCAAUUCCUAUAAUCAAUAAUAGCUCCAUUUACCUCCAAACUCCAAACCAGCGUUCAAACCUCCCUCUUUCGCUAUUGCCUACUUUGUACCAAGACAAUGGUUCCAUUAGUCCUGAAUCCACUGUCAAUGGUGAAAUGGUGAUGAAAGAGACUGUAGAAGUUGUCCAUGAUGAGGCUGAUCCAGUACUUAUGAGGAAUGGAGAGAACAAAGACAGAGAAGAGGAAAUUGCAAAUGCAAAGAAGGAAGUCGAAGAACAGCUACGACUGCACAGAUCAUGGAUAUCGGAAAACAAGCAAGCAGGGUGUGAAGGGAGGGGUGUAUAUGUGUAUGAUCUGCCAUCAAAGUUUAAUAAGGAUUUGGUGGGUCAAUGCAGAGACAUGGUUCCAUGGAUGGACUUCUGCAAGUACUUCAAAAAUGAGGCCUUGGGAGAACCAAUUCCUAAGCUUGGAAAUGGCUGGUACCAGACUCAUCAGUAUUCAUUGGAGCCAAUAUUCCAUCAAAGGGUUUUGAAGCAUCCAUGCAGAGUUUACAAUGAGAAUGAAGCCAAACUGUUUUAUGUCCCAUUUUAUGGUGGCUUGGAUAUUCUAAGAUGUCAUUUUAAGAAUGUUUCCAAUGAUGUGAAAGAUGCUUUGAGUUUGGAGCUCAUAACUUGGCUUGAGAAACAAAAACCAUGGGCAAAGAAUUCAGGUAAAGAUCAUGUAAUAGUGUUGGGGAAGAUUUCAUGGGAUUUUAGGAGGAAGGAUGGUUCAUGGGGAACUAGACUGUUGGAGAUUGACCAAAUGGAAAACCCAAUAAAGCUUUUGAUUGAAAGGCAACCAUGGCAGCCAAAUGACAUUGGCAUUCCACAUCCAACACACUUCCAUCCACACUCAGAUGAUGAUAUCAUGGCAUGGCAAUGGAAGAUCAUCAGUUCGUAUCGAAAAAAUUUAGUGAGCUUUGCUGGGGCAGCAAGGCCUGGUGCAGCUGAGAGCAUAAGGUCCAUAUUGAUCAAACAAUGCAAUUCAUCAGCAGACAAUGGAAACCAAUGCCAUUUUCUUGAUUGUAGUUCAGGUGGAUGUGACCAGCCAGAGCCAGUCAUUGAGCUUUUCAUGGAGUCUGAAUUCUGCUUGCAGCCUCCAGGGGACAGCCCAACUAGAAAAUCCCUAUUUGAUUCUCUAAUUUCAGGUUGUAUACCGGUGCUAUUCGAUCCGUUUACAGCUUACUACCAGUAUCCAUGGCAUCUACCAGAGGAUCCUGAGAAAUAUUCUGUGUUUGUAGACCAAGAAGAGGUGAGGCAAGUGAAGGUGAAUGUGGUGGAAAUGCUGAUGAAGAUUUCAAAGAAGGAGAGGGAUGAUAUGAGGAGGUAUAUUGUGUAUGAAUUGCUACCUGGUUUGGUAUAUGGAGAUUCAACUGCCAAGCUUGAGAAGUUUCAGGAUGCAGUUUCCAUUAUAAUGAGUAAUCUGAUGGAGAGAGUGACCAAAAUGGAUUCAACGGCAUAA